AUGAAAGAAUUGACACCGACGCACGCUGCUGCCGAGUCUUGUAGUGUCGUGAUGAAUCUCACAACUUCAACGUCAACACAGUUUUUCACAUAUAUGAUGCUACUAUAUUAAAAGCAAGAUGUCGGCUCCAAGUCCUAAUCCUGGGAGCGCAGCAUCCCCAAUGGGUCCACCCCAGCAGUCCCUUUCUCCGAUGCCUCCACCUCAGGCUACCUCCCCAGCUGUAGGGCCACCUCAGGCUCCAUCACCAAUGGGUCCUCCUCAAACGCCGUCACCUAUGGGUCCACCGGUAAUGUCGCCGGGUCCUGGUGUUCCGCCUGCACAGCAAGGCCCACCAGGUGGCCCCGGCAUGUCACCUCAGGGUGGUCCUAGUCCUCAUCAUUCUUACCCACAAGGUCCACAAGGCACUCAAGGUUGGCCACAGACCCCUGGCUCAUACCCCAACAGCUAUCCCCCACAGCCACAGCCACAAGGACCAUCAUUGGGUCCAAGUAGCCAUCAUCCAUCUCAGGGUCCUUCUGGGGGCCCUCCAGGAGGGGGACUACCUCCUUCAAGUGGUGGCGGACCAAAUGGGCCAAGUCCAAGUGGUGGUAGCUUCCAACAGGAAAACCUUAAUGCACUGCAAAAAGCAAUUAACACAAUGGAAGAUAAAGGCUUACAAAAUGAUCCACGUUAUACUGAUCUAGUUAACAUGAGGGCAAAAUAUGGUAAUAUGAAUAUGGGACCACCACCUCCAGGAAGUGGUUCUACAAGUGGGGGUAGUGGUCCACCAGGGCCUCCAGGUGGUCCUGGUUAUGGCCCUCCAGGGGCAACAGGGCAAGACGCACAAAGGGCAGGCUUGCUAAAUCCUUCACAGAUGCAUCAAUUAAGAGCACAGAUAAUGGCCUAUCGUUGUAUUGCCCGUAAUCAACCAGUCCCUAGUCAUGUUUCUGCUCUGGCUCAAGGUCGUCGGUCAGAACAGGACCCAACUCGGCCACCUGGACCUGGUCUUCCUGGAUCACAGGGUCCCCCAGCAGGUCCCCCAACUGGACCCCCUACUGGCCCUCCAGCAGGUCCCCCUACUGGCCCUCCCACUGGGCCCCCAACUGGACCUCCCACUGGUCUUCCUAGCACUCAAGGUCCACCGGGUACACCAGGACCUCCUGGACCACCCAGUAUGCCAUAUGCAAGACACCCUGAUAUGAUUUCACUAGGACCAAUGCCAGCAGUGCGUCCCCCAUACAAUGGAACAGGUCCAUCACAGACCCCUCCUCCACUUUCUGGUGUCAUGAGUUCUCAGCCAGUAGCAACUGGACCUGUACCAGGCACUACCCCAAGGCCUCAGCAGGUGCCUACACCAAAUGUUGGAACAACCCCUGUGCCUACUGCUGGUGGUAAAACAAGUCGCGUUACUCCAAUUACUAAGCCCACUGGGGUAGAUCCCUUGGUACUUCUGCAGGAAAGAGAAAACAGAUUGGCUGCUCGUAUUGCUUAUAGAAUCGAGGAAUUGAGUGGCCUUCCAGCAACUAUGGCAGAAGAUUUGAAAAUGAAAGCACAGAUUGAACUUAGAGCAUUACGUUUGCUAAAUUUCCAGCGGCAGCUAAGGGCUGAGGUUGUAGGCUGCAAUCGUAAAGAUACAACUUUAGAAACAGCAAUAAAUAUUAAGGCCUACAAGAGAACCAAACGGCAAGGACUAAGAGAAGCUCGUAUUACUGAGAAACUAGAAAAGCAGCAGAAAUUAGAAGCUGAGCGGAAGAAGAGGCAGAAGCACCAAGAAUACCUUAAUGCUGUGCUGCAGCAUGGUAGAGAGCUCAAGGAGUUCCAUCGUCAAAACAAUCAGAAGAUUAGUAAGUUAAACAAGGCCCUGUUAAUGCACCACAUGAAUGCUGAGAGAGAAAAGCAAAAGGAACAAGAACGUAUAGAGAAAGAGCGUUUGCGCCGCCUCAUGCUGGAAGAUGAGGAAGGCUACCGUAAACUGAUCGACGAAAAGAAAGAUAAACGUUUAGCAUACCUUCUCACACAGACUGAUGAGUUCAUUGCCAACCUGACAGAGAUGGUCAAAGCUCAUAAGGAGGAUCAGCGUCUGAAGCACCGGGAGGAGAGAAAGAAAGCUCGUGAGGAACGUCGGCGGGCACGUGAAGCAGUUGCUGAUAAUGGAGAAGAAGGUGAUGCUCUAAAGCGACACAUUCCUGUUAUGGAAUCAGCAACUGGAGCAAUUGUCAGUGGCAUACAAGCUCCACUCGAAGAAAAUCUUGAAGCAUUCUUGACUGCCAAUCCUGGCUGGGAGGUUCUGCCUGAAGAAGAUACAGACACUUCUGAUGAAGAAGAUUCAAAAGAAGAAAAGGAAACAGAAGGAGAGCAACCUUCAGAAGAUAAAAAAUCCAACGUAGAUGUUGAUGGCAACCCACGUGAGGUGCUGAAGAAAGCAAAGGUUGAGGAUGAUGAAUACAAGGAUGCGUCUGGAGAGAGAAACUAUUACUCCAUAGCUCACACUAUCAAGGAAACUGUUACGGAGCAAGCCAAAAUAAUGGUUAAUGGACUUCUUAAGGAAUACCAGGUUAAGGGUCUUGAGUGGCUUGUGUCUUUGUAUAAUAAUAAUCUCAAUGGUAUCCUGGCUGAUGAGAUGGGCUUGGGAAAAACAAUCCAGACCAUUGCACUUCUCACAUACUUAAUUGAGACAAAAAAGAAUAAUGGACCAUAUCUCAUUAUUGUUCCGCUCUCCACCAUAUCCAAUUGGGCUCUGGAAUUCGAGAAAUGGGCCCCCACAGUGCAGGUUGUGGUUUACAAAGGGUCACCUCAAGUUCGCCGGAUUGUCCAGAGUCAAAUGAGAGCAACAAAGUUAAAUGUCCUGCUCACAACAUAUGAAUACAUUAUAAAGGAUAAAGCUGUUUUAUCAAAGCUGCGAUGGAAGUACAUGAUCAUUGAUGAAGGUCACCGCAUGAAGAACCACCAUUGUAAACUCACACAGACGCUGAACACAUUCUACAAUGCACCACACCGCCUGCUGCUGACGGGUACACCACUGCAGAAUAAGUUGCCAGAGCUGUGGGCCCUCCUUAACUUUCUCCUGCCAUCCAUCUUCAAAUCAUGUAACACAUUUGAACAAUGGUUUAAUGCUCCCUUUGCAACCACAGGUGAAAAGGUGGAGUUAAAUGAAGAGGAAACUAUCUUGAUCAUUCGACGUCUGCACAAAGUUCUUAGACCAUUUUUACUACGCCGACUCAAGAGAGAAGUUGAAGCACAAUUGCCAGAUAAGGUUGAAUAUAUCAUCAAAUGUGAAAUGUCAGGGUUGCAACAUGUGCUAUACCGCUCUAUGCAGACAAGGGGAGUUAUGUUGUGUGCUGAAGAUAAGAAAGGUCAGAAGAGCAAUACCAAGGCUCUCAUGAAUACUAUUAUGCAACUUCGCAAACUUUGCAACCAUCCCUUUAUGUUCCAACACAUUGAGGAAGCCUAUUGCAAUCAUACUGGAUUUGCAGGAGGCAUAGUUCAAGGUCCAGAUCUGUAUCGAGCAUCUGGCAAGUUUGAACUUCUAGAUCGAAUCUUGCCCAAACUAAAGACUAGCGAUCAUCGGGUGCUGCUCUUCUGCCAGAUGACACAGCUUAUGACUAUUAUGGAGGACUACCUCAUGUAUAAAGGCUUCAAAUACUUGAGACUUGAUGGAAUGACUAAAUCAGAAGAUCGUGGUGAGCUUUUACGUUUAUUUAACACUUCAAGGGAGUACUUCUUGUUCUUAUUGUCAACCCGUGCAGGCGGUUUAGGUUUGAAUCUUCAGUCUGCUGAUACCGUUAUUAUUUUUGAUUCGGAUUGGAACCCCCAUCAGGAUCUUCAAGCCCAAGAUCGUGCCCAUCGUAUUGGCCAGAAAAAUGAGGUACGAGUACUACGGUUGAUGACAGUCAACACAGUAGAAGAACGUAUUUUGGCUGCUGCUCGAUAUAAGCUCAAUAUGGAUGAGAAGGUUAUUCAGGCUGGUAUGUUUGAUCAAAAAUCUACUGGAUCUGAUAGACGACAGUUCCUUCAGGCCAUCCUUUCUAACGACAACGAAGAAGAUGAAUGGAGCCAUCAGUUACUCAAGGAAGAGGAUGAAGCUCCAGAUGAUGAAACUAUUAAUCAGAUGAUUGCUCGUGGAGAAGAUGAAUUUGAGUUAUUCCAGAAAAUUGAUGAAGAAAGAAGGAAGGACUCUGUGAGGCCACGUCUAAUGGCUGAGGAUGAAUUGCCUGAGUGGAUGUUAAAAGAAGAAGAUUCAGAUGAGAUUGAAGAAGAGGAACCAGAGGAGUUGGGAGAUCGUCGUGCUCGAUCUAAGAAGGAAGUAGACUAUACAGAUAGUUUAACAGAAAAAGAGUGGCUACGUGCUAUUGGGGCUGUUGAAGAGGAUGGGAAAGAGGCUAUGGAAGAGGAGGAGGAGGAAGUCACUAGUAGCAAGAAUAAGAGAGGUUCUAAAGGAAAGCGUAAACGACAAGAUGAAAUGGAGAACGACGAUGACCCUAAGCCCAAAAAACGUGGACGUCCUGCUAGGGAAAAGCCAGGACCCAAAAAUAAAAGGCUCAUUCGUCAGUUAAAACGCCUUAUGGACAUUGUGAUAAAGUAUGAAGAUAGUGAUGGUCGGGUACUCAGUGAACCUUUCAUGAAGUUGCCAUCCCGCCGUGAACUUCCAGAUUAUUAUGGGAUAAUUAAGAGACCUAUGGAUAUAUGCAAGAUCUUGAGUAAAAUUGAUGAAGGAAGAUAUGAAGACCUGAAUGACUUGGAGAGUGACUUUAUGCUCCUUUGUCGCAAUGCCCAAGAAUACAAUGAAGAGGCAUCCAUCAUCUACGAGGACUCCAUUGUAAUGCAGAGUGUCUUUGUUAAUGCUCGUGAGCGUAUAGAGACAGAGACUGAUACUCUUGCUGAGGAAGAUGAUGAUGAUGAUGAUGAAGAGGAGGAAGAGGAAGACAGUAGAGGGAAGAAGGGGAAGAAAAAUAAGGGAGAUAAAAGCAGAGGGAGAAGGAAAAGAGUUAAAUAUGCUGAUGAUUCCGAUGAUGAUGAGGAGGAGGAGGAUGAUGAUGAUGACAAUGUGAGUAAGAAAGAAGCAGAAUGAAACUUUAUUGAGUCCUUGGGCUUUGGAUUGAAAGCAUUUAUAGCACUGAGUAAAAACUACUACAUUAAUCAUAGUGUUAUGUAAUGUCCUACACUACAGUACUUGAUAUGUAAAAUACAAAAUGUUUGUAAGUUUGUUUUAUAAUUGAUUGGUCAUAAUUUUUUCCUCAGUUGACAUCAAUUGAACUUACUACAGUGCCAGAACUCAACAAAUAUGAUAACAUGCAUAUAACUGCUCCUUUCACUCACAACAACUGAUUGGGAUUUUUUUAUGAGUUUCCCCAGUUUAUCUGCUCUUAUGCUGUAACAUGUGUGUCCUAUAAUUUAACUAUAGCUUUAUCGCUGAUGUGCCACUCGGUGUCACAAAUUUUAUUGAUCUUACGAGCAUUUUCAAUUUGUAUCCAGAUGGGUAAAGUAUACAUGUUAAUGUAAGCAGUAAAGUAGGUGGAAUAUCAGUAUAAAAACGUUCUAUUUUAUUGUGUAGAUCUUGUAAUUUUCUGUUAAGAUUAUAAGUUCCUUCUCUUUAAUUAUUUGAAUUCCAAGAGACAUUUUUCCUGUUUUUCGUGUAAGUGAUUUUCCUUAUUUUCACACUUUUUCAGUGAUGUGACAUCAGGUUGGAGAUUACGAGUCGUUGGAAAGAUCUAGUUCACUCUCAGCUUGCCUUAACACACCUAAAGAUCAGUAAAUUAUUAAAUGACUUUUUGUCUCGUCAGAAGUUCUCUUCCCGGGCUGUAGCGAUAACUUUGUUGUACAUUAUAAGGCUAGUCCUGAACUUUUUUAGCAGAAGAUAGGUUCAAGAAAUUAGUAAGGGGCAUUGGUGGUAAUGGGUUAUAGUAUGUGGCUUCAAAUGUCAUGGAAUACAAUUUGGAAUUAUUGCUUAAAUUGCUUCUUAUAAACCUUCUACUUGACUAUAUGUUACAUUAUGACAACUAUUUAAUAAUAUAUUUUAUGAAGACCAAACUGCAGUGGCAGUAAUAUUUUAAGGUACAGUAUGUUGUUUAUAGAGUUAGCAGCAUGCGAGUGUUGGAAAUUCAAGUCUGAGUUUUAAAUUUGUCACAUCAAAAAGCAUUAAAAGCAUGUUAUGUCCCAUUUUACAUUUAAAUUGAUGAGGGCAUACUGUUAUUUCAUUUUGGAAACUUAAAUAUUAAAUGAAUAUUUUUGUGUAGUUCUGUUUGUAGUCUAGACUGUAAAACAAUUUAAAAUUACUCAUUUUUAUUAAUAAAAAUAGAUCAUAUCAGAAAAUAAAGAAAUAUAAAAGCAUU